AUGGCUGACACGAUUUUUGGCAGUGGGAUGGGCCAGUGGGUGUGCCCCAACGACCGGCAGCUGGCUCUGCGUGCCAAGCUCCAGACAGGCUGGUCGGUGCACACGUUCCAGACUGAGAAGCAGAGGAAGAUGCAGGCUCUGAGCCCACAGGAACUUGAGGUCAUCCUGGAAGUCAUCCACAAGGCAGAGAAGCUGGACAUCGUCGAGCAGCAGCGCAUCGGGCGCCUGGUGGAACGGCUGGAGAACAUGAGGAAGAACGCCAUGGGGAACGGCCUCUCCCAGUGCCUGCUCUGUGGGGAGCUGCUGGGGCUGCUGGGCAGCACGGCUGUCUUCUGUCAGGACUGCAAAAAGAAAGUUUGCACCAAGUGUGGAAUAGAAACCUUUGGAGCACAGAAACGUCCUCUGUGGUUGUGCAAGAUCUGCAGUGAACAGAGAGAGGUUUGGAAGAGGUCUGGUGCUUGGUUCUACAAGGGGCUGCCCAAGUACAUCCCCCCUCUGAAGAGCAGCAGCAAGCCCAGCGAGCUGCCCCCGCAGCCUUGGCAGAGCGAGCCAGCCGUGCCGGAGCCCGGGACCAGCCGCCCCUUCACCUGGGCCAGGGGAAAAGUGGUUUCCAGCGACAGCGAGAGCGACUCGGAGCUCAGUUCCUGCAGCCUGGAUGACAAGCCCUUACCUGUGGGGUCAAAAGGCUCAGAAGGCAGAAGGCACCAAGCAGGACUGGCACCCGUCGGGGAGCCCAGCCAGGCCGUGGGCAGGGUGCUGGGGAGCACCCACUCCCCCACCCUCUCGGGGAGCCACAGCAGCCUGGGCAGCGAGCAGGGGGCUGCCCUCAGUGCCACGGAGAGCUGCCAGAGCGACCAGCCUGCGGACGGGCACGACAGCCAUGGGGGCAGCAGGGGCCCUG